CCUCAGCCAGUUCGCCAUUCUCCCCUUCCGUUUUCAGAGACAAUGGCUGUCGAUGCGAUGGAAAUCGACUCCAAUCCCGUGUCUACGGGCCUAGUGGAGUCCGAAAAGGAACGCAAGCGCAAACACAAGCACAAGGACGAAUCUUCGGCCUCUCCCUCGAAAAAGAAGCGCAAGCACGAAACGGCCGAUGGUAGCGACAAGAAGAGCAAAAAGAAGGACAAGUCUUCCAAGAGCCAAUCCAAUACCGCACCGCAAGCAGCAACAGCGGUGUCUUCCGGCUCUUCUAGCCCUUCCAGCGACUCCCCAUACUCUCUGACCACCGCAACGCUCUACCUGCCUCUUUCGCCCAUCUCCAUUUCCCCCACGCAUGCUCUGGCCUCGCUGCUGGCGGAACAUCUCUCGCCCCUCCUGCUUACCUACUACCCUCCCCUCCAGGGAAUUGUCCUGGCCUACUCGAAUGCGUCAAUCUCCAGCUCCCCACCAACGGUGUCAUCCGUAUCCGGCCCCGCAGACCCUAACCCACAACCGCUGACUCUCGCAACCACGGCGGGCGAAUACGGCGUCAUGUAUGUCUACCUCACAGCGACCUUCCUGGUAUUCCGCCCCCAGCGCGGGCAGAUCCUCGAGGGAUGGGUCAACGUGCAAUCCGAGGGCUUCUUGGGCGCUGUCGUCCUGAACCUCUUCUCCGUAGGCAUCGAACGCAAGCGCCUCCCUUCCGACUGGAAAUGGGUUCCGCCAGGCGAAGAGGAAGACGAAGCAGCAGCAAGCGGCCGCAACAGUAAUAACGCUUCUUCCUCCGCAGCUGCAACAACAACUACAACAACUACAACUACAACUACAACAACAACAACAUCCGAUGACGACAGCGAUGAGAACCCUUCUCCUGCUUUCGACCCGGCCAAGGAACACUUUAACCCCGUGACGCUGGCUUCCGACGCGAAUCCCUUUUCAGAUACCCUGGCCGCAGACGUGGGCGCCGAUGGCGAAGCGGCCAGCGACGACGCCGUGGAAGGCUACUUCCAGUCUGUCUCUGGGCACCGGGUGCGCGGCACGGUCAAAUUCCGCGUCGUCGAUAUCGACGUCAUCCCCGGCACUGAGCGUGACCGUGGGUUCCUGAGCAUCGAGGGAACUAUGCUCUCACCGGAAGACGAGGCCAAGGUCGUCGACGGCGAGCGCAACGGAGUCCUGGUGCCGUCUAGUGUUGUGCGGAAGCCGGCGCAAACCGCCAUGUCGGGGGCCAUUGCAUUGGAGAGCGAGAUGAUGGAGACACCGAGUAAGAAGCCAAAGUCGAAGCCUUCUAGAUUGCAGUAACUUUCUUUCUCUCUUUCCAUAUUAUAUUGUACCUGUUCUGUUCUGUUUUUUUUUUUUUUUU